CACCCCACGGGGACACUGGGGGGGUCCGGGUCCCCCCAGCACCGCUUGGGCACCCCCAGGUUGGGUUGGGGGUCCCCCGCACCCCGCAGCGCCGGGCUGGGCCCCUUCCCUCGGCUGGGGGGCGGAUAACAGCCCCGAGAUUAAAACCCGGCCGGGAGAUUAAUCCUGGGCAGAGUUUGCCCGGUUUAACGGCGCGCCACAAAUACCAGGCGGGAUUAGGGGGCUGUGCCGAGCCCCGGAGCCGGGCCGGGCCCAGCGCCACCCCCAAGGGUGGCAGGUCCCCUCCAGGGCCACCUUUGGGACCGGGCCGGGGCUUGCGAGGCGGCGCAGCGGGGGCCGGGAUUUAGAUUUGCUAUGGCAACCCGCUGGCAUGGAAGGAGCGCCAGGAAAUGUCAGGGCGAGGUGGGCACCGCCGGGCGGCCUGGCGGGCACCGACACCGGCGAGGCGGAGGUAACGGAGCUCUCCCCCAGCUCCUCCCCAGCGGGACGCGGCCGGCAGCACCGCAGGGAUGCGUGGCAGAGCAGAACUCCCACCUCGCCCCGAUCCAGCCCCGUCCCUCACCAGGAACGGGAACGGAGCCUUGGGAAGGCCCCAAAUCCCAGAAAUCCCGGCGGGAGCAGCCCAGGAGCUGCCCUGGGCUGGGAUUCCCUGCCCUGGCACCCGGGAAAGGCUCUUUGGGGUCUGCUGCGACCCCAGUCCUGUGGGGUCGCUGGGAUGCCAGCUCCUCGUUCCCAGCUGGAUGGGAUCCAGCUCUUCCUGUUGGGAUGGGACAGAGAUUUCCUUGGGAUGGCGGAGACAGAGACGCUCUCGGUGACCGCCCCCCCGGGCCCCCCCCGGGCCAGGGGCAGUGACAAGGACGUGAGCGCGGCGCUGCCCCCGCCCGGCCCCGGGACCCGCCCGAGCACGCCCAAUUUCGAGGCAAUCCCGCAGCUCCAGCAGGCGGGUCGCGGUGACUCCAGCUCUGUCCCCCCACAGGGGACACCUCUAAAAUGCCACCAAACCUUUCAGUGCCACAAGAGCCAGGACAAACCUCAGCAGGGACAUCCCCAAAACCCCCUCCCAAAUACUGAGCCGUGCAUUAAAUUAAGGCUGAGGGAAAAAAAUGUAAAAAAAAUGAAAACUGAAAUCAAUAAAAUCGAUGAAAGGAGGGAGAAGGCGGCACGUCGGAGGGGAAGCGUGGCAGUUUGUUAUGCUAACCGAGGGGGGCUCCGCGCGGGGGGACGAGCCGGAGAGGUCUGAAGAGCAAGGAGUUCACAGGCCCUCUCCUUUUGUCAUGCUAAAAGUGCAACACACAAAAUAUACACAGGCAGCUGCUCGAUGGAGCGUGAAAUACGGGAGAUUUCUCCGCCGGCCCCGGGGGGCUGGGACAAACGGCCGGAGCGAGGGACGGAGGCGGGGAGCGCCCCGGUGCCGGGCUGGAGCCGGCCCAGCCCCGCUGGGGGGAGAUGUCGCCCCCGGGGCGGUUUUGGGGACGUUUGGGGACAUUCGGGGUCCCGCGGCGGGCGCUGCCUUUGCUGAUGCUAAUGGGGAGCGGUGUAAAAUCAGCGCUCAAAGGCGCCUUUGUGUCCCCGGGGGGCUCCGAGCAUCCAUCUUCCGCCUCCCCUCGGGGGUCUGAGCUGAAAGCGGCGCCCCGGGGGCUCCGAGGGACCGAGCUGCCGCUUCGGGCAGCGCCCGUGUCCAACCCGGCGGCUUUGGGGGGUUUUGGGCGGUUUUGGGGGGUUUUGGGGGGCUCAGGGCAUGCAGGCAGCGGAGGUGAUGGAGCAGGAGGCUUCCCCGGGCUGCGGUAUUUUGGGGGAAUUUGGGGCGUUUUUGGCACCGCAUCCCAGCGGAGGAGGCGCUGCUGGGGGGGGCACAGCGGGGGAUGCCAGGGGAGGGGUUUUGGGGGUCGCACCCCCAGAGCCGGGCACCCCGAGCCCUCGGGGGAUGCUCCGGGCGCGGGCGGAAGCGACAUCUAGCGGGAAGCGCAUCCCGUCGCCAGGGAGAUCGAUUUCCAUGGCAACGCUGGGGAGCGGCGCCGCUGGACCAGGGGCACCGCGGCCCGGACCCGGCACGGGCCGGGGGUCCCGGCACUGGGGAGUGGGAGAUCAAACUGGGAUGUGGGUGAUCAAACUGGGAUUUGAACGAUCAAACUGGAUUUUGGGUCCUGGCACUGGGAUGUGGGUGGUGGAACUGAGAUUCCGUUCUAUUCCUCAUCGUGCUGCUCUGCUUUCGUUGGUAAUAAAUUAAAUUAAUUUC